AUGGCUCAGGAUCGUGCUCCUCCUCUCCGUCUCGGCUCUGAGGCCCCUAACUUCGAGGCUGACUCCUCCAACGGCCCCAUCACCUUCCACGACUUCAUCGGCGACAGCUGGACUGUCCUCUUCUCCCACCCCGAUGACUUCACCCCCAUCUGUACCACCGAGCUUGGUGCCUUUGCUAAGCUCGAGCCCGAGUUCACUGCUCGCGGUGUCAAGCUGAUCGGUCUGAGUGCCAACGGCACCGAGUCCCACCACGCCUGGAUCAAGGACAUCGACGAGGUCACCGGCUCCAACCUCAAGUUCCCCAUCAUCUCCGACCCCGAGCGCAAGGUCGCCUACCUGUACGACAUGGUCGACUACCAGGACACCACCAAUGUCGACUCCAAGGGCAUGGCUCUCACCAUCCGCUCCGUCUUCAUCAUCGACCCCAAGAAGAAGAUCCGUCUCAUCAUGACCUACCCCGCUUCCACCGGCCGUAACACUGCCGAGGUCCUCCGUGUCAUCGAUGCUCUCCAGACCACUGACAAGCACGGCGUCACCUGCCCCAUCAACUGGACUCCUGGCGAUGACGUUGUCAUCCCUCCCCCCGUCUCCACCGAGGAGGCCCAGAAGAAGUUCGGCGACAUCCGCAUUGUCAAGCCGCUGUACAGUAGGUUCCUGGGACGAGCUGCCAGUCCCCGCUCACAGUCGGAAGGGAGGAUUGGAGCCAUGUCACCGAUAACUUACCGAUCGAUUUCGACUUUCCGCCCGCCUGUCCCCUCCACCGCCCCCCUGAUCAUCCCUCCUCCGGUCGCACUGCCCCCCCAGUCCCAUUUAGACCAGUCGCAAUCCUCCAACUCCGGUCCGAUCAACCUGUCAGGCCUGGUAUGCAAUGUCCGUCGGACCACCGGCCGAGAGCCGCACCCUCUCGUGGGCGCAACGACAACCAUCUUAGGCGAUAGGCUAUACGUGUUCGGAGGCCGGGUGCUCUCUAAGAGUCGUCCGCAGUUGACGUCGGACAUAUACGAGCUGGACUUGAUCCGGCGUCACUGGACCAAGAUCGAGGCGACCGGCGAUAUUCCCCGCCCGCGGUAUUUUCACAGUGUUUGUGCCUUGGGAGACCAUAAACUCGUGUGCUAUGGCGGUAUGUCGCCUGCCCUAAACGUGUCCAAGGACCCUGCUGCCGCGAGCGGGGGAGCGGGGGGUCAGGACGCUCAACCGGAAGUCGUGGUCAUGUCAGACAUCCACAUCUUUGACGUGCCCACUCGGACUUGGACCCGCGUGCCAGCCAUCGAUUCCCCCCAAGGUCGCUAUGCGCACUGUGCGACAAUUCUGCCCUCCAGCGCCCAUUUUACCUCAGCCACCGCACCUCUUUCGGCUAUACACCAUAACCCGGCGUCUUCGAACCCGCACCAGGGCACGAUCGGAGUGGAUAUUGAUGGGUUUGGGGGUGCCGAGAUGGUCGUGGUCGGAGGACAAGAUAGCUCCAAUCAUUACAUCGAGCAGAUCAGUGUCUUCAACCUGCGGAGUUUGAAGUGGAUGAGCACCAGCACGCUUGGCCGCAGCUGUGGUGCCUACCGCAGCGUGGUUGCUCCCCUACUGGGUAUGAGUGUCUCCGAGAUUGGCUCUGCGGCGGAGGAUCGGGAUGCACAGGAGCCCAUUGAGGACUCCCAGGUCGAGGGUUGCCCAAUGCUUAUCUACUCUAAUUACAACUUCUUGGAUGUCAAGUUGGAGCUUCAAGUACGCUUGCCUGACGGUCGCUUGGUCGAGAAACCCAUGCAAAAUCAGGCCUCGCCCCCGGGGUUGAGGUUCCCCAAUGGAGGCGUCAUCAACGGUCAUUUCGUUGUCAGUGGUACCUAUUUGACUUCCUCGAAGCAGGAAUAUGCUCUUUGGGCACUGGACUUGAAGACUCUCACUUGGGGUCGAAUCGAUGCUGGCGGCUCGGUCUUCGGUCAGGGUAGUUGGAACCGCGGAGUUCUAUGGUCGAGAAGAAAUACCUUUGUUAUUUUGGGCCACCGAAAACGCAGCUUGGUGGAAGAUUAUAACCACCGGCGUAUCAACUUUUCACACGUGUGCAUGGUAGAAUUGGAGGCUUUUGGUCUCUACAACAAUGCGUGCCGGACUGCACCCACCUCGGGCUAUGUCUCCUACAGUGCGCCAUCUGUCCCGGCUUCUCUCCAGUCGAAGCUUACCAAACUGACCUCUGGUGGACGACCGUUCUCUGCGGCCUCGGACGAACUAGGUCGUCUCGCCCACUCGCUACCUGAAAUGGCCGACAUGGAGCUCCAAGCCGUGGGAGGGGAACGCAUCCCCGUCAACUCGCGCAUCCUGACACGCAGAUGGGGUCCCUACUUUAUUCAACUACUCCGCGACUCCUGUGAUGGGGGAGUCUCUGACUCUGCUACUCUUCGUCCUGCGGUUGCCAUGUAUCCCAGCCGCAACUCAAGUAUUACCAUCACCCCCUCGAUCGGCCAGAACAGCAACUAUUCCAACGCCAGCACGCUUGUCAGUAACCGCUCCGUCACCUCUAAAUCAUUACUAGCAAACCUCGAGAUACCCUCUGCGCAUUCUCUAUCGCCUACCGCUCGUCCCCGUGUACUCUACCUACCUCACACCUACCUCACCCUCCAGGUCCUUGUCUACUAUUUCUACACGUCCUCCCUGCCCGCUAUUCUCUGCUCCCUCCUCCAACUUGCCCGCCCUUAUCAGGUCGACGGCCUCCUUGAAGCCACGGUCGAACGCCUCCACCAAAUGCUCGACGGUCGCAAUGCUGCGGCUGUCUUUAACGCGGCCGCCAUGGCCGCGGGAGGAGGCCGUGGGACAGGGUUCGCCAGCGGGCUUGGUGGCACUUUGGAAACCCUGAACGGCGCUCACGCGGCCGCCACCGCUGCCGCGCAAGACCCCUCAGCGCUGACCACCACGACCACCAACACGACCGCCACCACGCAACCCUCCUCAGCGGCCCAAAGCCACCUCACCUCCGACUCGUCCGACACGGAACACGGCACCACCGCGUCGGCCGCCCUCUCGACGGCUAGCAGCGUCAGCGGCGUCGGGGCCUCCUCCACCUCGCGCGGUAUCCCCCUCCGCAUCAACACCAACAUCUUCAGCCGCCGCCAGCGCCACAGCGACCGCGAGCGCGCGCGUGAGCGCGAACGCGAGCGGGAACGCGAAAGGGAGGUGGAGCUCGAGCGCGAACGGGACCGCGAGGACUCCAUCAGCAACGCCAGCACCGCCACCUCGGCCUCGGCCUCGACGAACACCAGCUUCGACCAGUCCGACUCGGAGUACGGCGGCGGCGGCGAAUCCGCCGGCCGCGCCCGCUCCUCGUCGCAUCACCGCCGCAACACAGACGCCGAGCUCCGGCCCGAGCGCGAGAUCUGGACCGGCGACCUCAGCAGCGUCAUCGGCCUGCAGAAGCGGGGUCUCCGCGGGCUGAUGGAGGGCCGCCGGCUGCGGGAGCGCACGGCCAAUCCCACGCCCAACGGCGGCAGUAACGGGAUCUUCGGGAGUGUAGGUGCGCAAUUGCUCCAGGGUCGCGCGGUCGAAGGAGCGGCGCGUGCUGCCGCGCGGCGCGAACGACAGGGAAUCCACGUUCAAAACGGCGUCGCGCGAGGGGGAAUAGGGCGUGGGCUGCACGACAAUGGCGAGUGUCGUCGGCGUGUGGGAGCCACCGGCACCGUUGCCGUUGCCGUUGGUUGCGGUGGGUGCAUGGUUGUGAUUGUGGUGGCCAUUGGCGUCGAAGUGGUUCGUGUAGUCGAUCUCCCGGAGAUCGAGGCGCUCGAGGUGGUCCAUCUCGUCGUGGAGCAGCACGAGGAUGUCGCGCCAGCGUCCGCCCGGGCGGAGGUAGAUACCGGAGAGCCGAAGAUCUCGCAACGGUCGCCGAUGGCGGCGGAUGAGAGCCAUCAGCUCGUCUGA